AUGAUUAGGAACCACCACGAAGACACCAGAUCAGCCCUUCCUGCUCUGCGGCGAGAAUCAGUUGGCAAACCCCAGAAAUCACUCGCCAUCCUCUACGCACAGGUCUCCCAGCGCUACCACAGCCAACAAGAAGCCAGCAAGACAGAGGACCGGAAUGCCUUCCAGCUGGCCCGGCUGCUGCUGGUUCAGAACUCGGGCCAUCUCACCGCGAUCUCGGGCCACAGGAUGCUGAGCGUCCUGCUCGGCUCUUCGCCGAGAUCGCUGUCACCAAGCUCCUGCUCCCCAUCUCCUCCCACGCCAAGUCCACCGCACUCUGGCUCCACGCUGAUGGGCCCUCCACCACCUUUCUCCCCACCUCAGCAGGACCUCCCAUCAUUAUCUGCUUCUGGACAUUCCAAUAAAGUCUUGGUAAGGAUAUGCAAGCCUUUGGCUCAGCUCUCCAAUCAACAAGUACCGUUACUUUCUCAAACAAUCUUGUUGUUGAUCCAAUCUUGGCUCGCUUAG